AUGUCAGAAGCAACAGCUGUUCCCCCAGCACUUUCUACUACUCAAGAUACAGAGCUGGAUUUUGCUAAAGUGAAGGAUGGCUCUGGUGAAUACUCUAGAGCCAGAUUUGGACCUCACUACAUGAAUAGAGAGGAAAUAUCCCCUGAGGCUCUAAGACAUGAUAUAGCCGAGUACUAUUCUCUUGAGAAGUUGACGGUCUAUCUUAGUGAGACUGGCGAGAAUGACAAGCGAAGAUUCACGAAGAUCGCUUUACAGUUUCCAGAUGAAUUAGUUGCUGAUUCACCGAUAAUUGCUCAGGCGCUACAAGAAUCCUUGAAUAAUGAAGAUGAAAGCAAUGAACAGCAGAUAUGGAUCCUAGCAGAUACCUCAUACUCCCCUUGUUGUAUUGACGAAGUUGCAGCAGAACAUGUGUCUGCUGAUAUUGUGGUACAUUUUGGAGAAGCUUGUUUGAACCCUGUUGAAAAGAUCUCUUCUGCCUAUGUGUUUGGAAAAUCUUAUCUUGACAUCGAAAAAACUGUCAAAUCAUUCACGAACACUUAUUCCGAGAAGCAGAAGAAGAUUUGCCUAAUGGCGGAUGUGCCAUAUAGUCACCAUCUUCCUGAACUUUAUAGACUUCUCAAGAAGGAGUAUAGUGGGUUGAUAUAUACGGACGUUGACUUUGCCAAAUGUGGUCCUAACAGUACUGUUAUAGACAAAUAUGAGAAGGACAAGGGCGGUUCCGAUGAAAAAAGCUUAAGAAUGUUUGAUGUUUCCCGGAUUUUGCGUGGUGUUCCAAGCAAAUAUAUUGAGAAGCAUGAUGGGGAAGACUAUGCACAAAUUACCCAGGAUUACGAUCUAUUCUAUAUUGGAGCUCCGGCUGAUCCCAAACUGUUAUUACUUUCAACCAAAUUUUCUGAAGUGACUACUGUGGAUCCCGUUUUUCUGGAAACAUCCCAUGGAACGGCACCAUCUUUAUCGAGAAGGUACAGAUUUAUGAUGGUGGCAAGAAACGCUUCUACUAUUGGAAUUUUGGUGAACACUCUUUCUUUACAGAACACCAGAGUUCUUCUCAACAAGGUGGUAAAAUGGAUUAGAAAUGCUGGAAAGAAGCAUUACAUGUUUGUUGUUGGUAAACCAAAUGUCGCCAAGUUGGCUAACUUUGAUACCAUCGAUGUAUGGUGCGUAUUGGGAUGCGGCCAAUCCGGAAUUAUUAUUGAUUCCUAUGGAGAAUACUUCAAACCGAUAAUCACGCCGUAUGAGUUGGAAUUGGCAUUGAAGCCAGAAGUCACAUGGACAGGUAAAUGGGUGACAGAUUUCGAGGAGACGCUGAAGCAGGAUAUACAUAACUCUGAGAACGAGGAAGACAAGGAACAAACAGAAAACACCAUCAGCGACGACGACAACGACGACGACGACGAAUAUGCUCCAGAGUUUGAUCCAGUUACAGGUAAACUUGUGUCUUCGAGGCCAUUACGACAAUUGAAGCAUUUGGAGAUUGAACUCGCCGAGCAGAAAUCUAUACAAUCCUCAGGUGAUUCUACUGAACUUAGCAAAAGGUUCACCUCGGCAUUAAGCAUAGGCAAUACAGUAUCUACUUCAGCAUUACAUCUACAAAACAGAAGCUGGACAGGGCUUGGUAGCGAUUAUAAGAAUCAGGAAGAAAAUGGGGAGUAUUCUGGUGAAGGUGCCACACUAGAAGAAGGUAGAACAGGUAUUGCUAGGGAUUAUCACAUUGAUGGGGAUACCAAAAAAGAUUAG